UAGAGAGUCACAAACCGAAACCCGGGCAUUUCAUCUUUCCAUACAAGACCACUAAAAGACAAAAUCAAACAGAUCUCAAGUUCUUUCAAAUCUUUAAAAAAACCCUGAACACCUCAAAAUCCAAAACCGGAGGCCUCUUAUGCUUCUAUUUGUUAAGCAAAAUGUCAAAAUCAAAUCUCCUAAUGAUAACAACUCUUGGAUUGAUUUUCACAAUUGCAGAAUCGAUGAGAUUUGAUCUGCAAUCAGGACACACAAAAUGCAUAUCGGAGGAUAUAAUGAACAAUGCAGUGACUGUGGGAAAGUAUAAUGUUGUCAAUCCUAACGAGGGUUAUCCUCUCCCUGUUUCCCACAAGGUUACUGUCAGGGUGGCAUCACCAUAUGGGAAUAAUUACCAUCAUAGGGUUAACGUGGAUUCCGGUAAUUUUGCAUUUACUGCAGCUGAGGCUGGUGAUUACACUACUUGCUUUUCAGCCGCCGAUCACGAACCAGAAACCAAAUUGGCGAUUGAAUUUGAAUGGAAAACUGGUGUUGCUGCUAAGGAUUGGUCUAAGAUUGCUAAGAAGGAGAAAGUUGAAGUUAUGGAACUUGAGUUGAAGAAAUUACUGGAUGCAGUCAAAUCCAUUCAUGAAGAGAUGAAUUAUCUUCGUGGGAGAACCAUUACUUUUACACUCUUCACUGUUGGUGAUCCAGAGAGGAAGAAAUGCAACAUCUUAAUCAAUCAACAAACUCCAAAAUGGCAGGCCUUAGUUUCCUUUCAAUUGUGGUAUGCUUAUCCGUGGCUGGUUUACAACUCUGGCAUCUGAAGUCGUAUUUUGAGAGGAAGAAGCUCCUGUAGUUUUGCUUUUUAUUAGCAUCCAGAGUUUUUAUUUCUAACUCCUUAUUCUCAGCAGUUAAAAUGUUUAAAAAUUUGAACCCCCAUUAUUAAAUUUCAAAGACUUGCAUCACUGACAAAUUUGUUAAUUGCCUGCAGUUCUUAGUGCUAAGAGAAGUUGACAAUAGAAAAUAUAUCCUGUCUCUGUC